CAAACAUAAUCAGCUCAAAGCAGUCAUGAAAUCGUUCAUCUGUUUGGUUUUUGUUGCCGCCAUGGUUGGAGUUAACGCUCUCUCCGAGGAGCAGUACAGGAAGGCCCAUGUCUUCGCCGCAGUGUGUUUGACGAAAUCGAAUGGCGUAACCCGGGAUGAUGUGCGCCGACUGCGUAACGGUGAUUUCGCUGACGUUAACCAGGACUUGAAAUGCUUCACCAAGUGUUUCCUGGAGCAGAUCGGUUACAUGAGUGCCGAGGGAAAACUAGAAGAGGGCUAUGCCGUUGAGAGACUGUCGCAGGAUCGUGAAAGGAGUACGGUUGAGGCUUUGGUGAAGCAAUGCAGCGUGCUAAUGGAUGAUCCAUGCGAAACCGCUUUCCGUGCCUUCGAAUGCUUCUACAACGGAAAAGCUGCCAUACUCUGAACGAGCAAGUUCAUAUGGAUAGAUAACUAAAAACAUUUUGUUCCGGUAAAAACAAUCUUAAACAAAAAGUUACAUAUUUGAUCCUUCACUUUUUUGAAAUUGAUUUAGAUAAAAUAUAGUUUGACAUAAACUUCAUGAACUUGAAUAUUGUUACAAGUCAAAUGAUAUCCUCAACAUCAUUUAUUAAACUUGAUAAUUUAUUCUGCAGUUCAUCAUACUAUCAACCAAUUGUAACCUUUUCUUAUGCAACUUACAAAUAAAUGCAAC